GAUGCAUGGCUUUCUUCCUCCCUCCCCCUGCUUCUGCUUCCUUUUGUUAACUUUGCUCUCAGAUGCCUGGACCGCUUCUCAUGAUGGAUGUCGUUUGUUUUCUGUGGAUGCUGCCAUCGGUGUGGGCUGUUGAAGAAGUUCUGAUGGAUUCAACGACAGCAACAGCAGAACUCGGUUGGAGCGUUUACCCGUCGCAAGGGUGGGAAGAAGUGAGUGGCUAUGACGAAAACAUGAACACCAUUCGAACAUACCAGGUAUGCAACGUUUUUAACAACAGCCAGAACAACUGGAUACGCACACGGUACAUCCAUCGGCGAGGCGCUCAGCGCAUCCAUGUCCAGAUGAAGUUUUCGGUGCGGGACUGCAGUUCAGUACCCAACGUUCCCGGUUCCUGCAAGGAGACCUUCAACCUUUAUUACUACGAGUCCGACUCUGACGUGGCCACAAAAGUUUUCCCUCCCUGGAUGGAGAACCCCUGGGUGAAAGUGGACACAAUAGCUGCCGACGAAAGCUUCUCCCAGGUUGAGCUUGGUGGACGCGUAAUGAAGAUCAACAGGGAGGUUCGGAGCUUUGGGCCCGUUUCACGCAAGGGAUUCUACUUGGCUUUCCAGGAUUAUGGAGCCUGCAUGUCUAUUAUAGCCGUCAAGGUCUUCUACAGGAAAUGUCCUCGAGUGAUCCAGAACGGGGCCGUGUUUCCCGAGACUUUGUCAGGAGCAGAGAGCACCUCCCUGGUGGCGGCCAGAGGAGUUUGUGUCCCUAACGGGGAGGAGGUGGACGUGCCCAUCAAGCUGUACUGCAAUGGGGAUGGAGAGUGGAUGGUUCCCAUUGGGCGCUGCAUGUGUAAAGCUGGGUACGAGGCGCUGGAGAAUGGCACAGUUUGCCAAGCGUGUGUAUCAGGCUUCUUCAAAGCUGCACAGGGAGAUGACAAAUGCCUGCAGUGUCCUAUAAACAGCCGAACCAUCAGCGACGGAGCAACUAACUGCAUCUGUCGUAACGGCUACUACCGCGCUGACUCUGACCCGCCCCAGAUGCCUUGUACCACUGUUCCUUCAGCACCACAACGGGUCAUCUCAAUGGUGAACGAAACCUCUGUGAAGCUGGAGUGGAGCCCGCCGCUGGAGAGCGGAGGUCGAGAAGACGUCGUCUUCAACAUCAUCUGCAAAAGCUGCGACAGCAGGCGGGGCAGCUGCACCCGCUGCGGAGACAACGUCCAGUUUGUGCCGCGGCAGCUCGGCCUGACGGACACCAGCGUCCACAUCAGCGACCUGCUGGCUCACACUCAGUACACCUUUGAAAUUCAAGCCGUCAAUGGAGUGUCUGACCAGAGUCCAUAUUCACCACAGUACACUUCUGCCAACAUCACCACCAACCAGGCUGCACCAUCAGCUGUGUCCAUCAUCCACCAAGUUAACAGAACUCCCAACAGCAUAACUCUGUCCUGGUCUCACCCGGAUCAGCCUAAUGGUGUUAUCCUGGACUAUGAACUGCAGUAUUAUGAAAAGAACUUGGCCGAAUGGAACUCCUCUAUAAUAAGGAGUCAGACCAACACAGCGGUCAUACGAGGCCUAAAGCCUGGGACUAUCUACGUCUUCCAGGUCCGAGCUCGGACUGUCGCCGGAUUUGGAAGCUUUAGCGGCAAAAUGUACUUCCAAACUAUUACUACUGAAGAAUAUAACUCCAGUAUCCAGGAGAAGCUACCUCUCAUCAUUGGGUCAUCUGCAGCAGGAGUCGUCUUUAUCAUCGCUAUGACUGUUGUCAUAAUUGUUUGUCGCAGGAGGGGUUCAGACCGACCAGAAUCAGAGUACUCCGACAAACUCCAACACUACACCAGCGGCCACAAAGUUUCACCAGGAGUGAAAAUCUACAUUGAUCCCUUCACGUAUGAAGAUCCCAACGAAGCCGUAAGAGAGUUUGCCAAAGAGAUCGACACUUCCUGUGUCAAGAUAGAGCAAGUUAUCGGUGCAGGUGAGUUUGGGGAGGUAUGCAGUGGAAACCUCCGGCAGCCUGGGAAACGUGAGAUGCUGGUGGCCAUUAAGACGCUGAAGGCAGGCUACACUGAGCGCCAGAGACGGGACUUCCUGAGUGAGGCAUCCAUCAUGGGCCAGUUUGACCAUCCCAACAUCAUCCAUCUGGAGGGGGUGGUGACCAAGAGCAGCCCUGUGAUGAUUAUCACAGAGUUUAUGGAGAACGGAUCCCUUGACUCCUUUCUCAGGCAAAAUGAUGGGCAGUUCACGGUGAUCCAGCUGGUGGGGAUGCUACGUGGCAUCGCAGCAGGAAUGAAAUACCUUUGUGAGAUGAACUACGUUCAUCGAGACCUGGCGGCCAGGAACAUCCUGGUCAACAGCAACCUGGUGUGUAAAGUGUCUGACUUUGGCCUGUCACGUUUCCUGGAGGAUGACACGUCCGACCCAACCUACACCAGCUCUUUGGGAGGAAAGAUUCCCAUCCGGUGGACGGCUCCUGAGGCCAUUCAGUACAGGAAGUUCACCUCCUCCAGUGACUGCUGGAGCUAUGGCAUAGUCAUGUGGGAGGUGAUGUCAUACGGUGAAAGGCCCUACUGGGACAUGAGUAAUCAAGAUGUAAUCAAUGCCAUAGAGCAGGACUACAGGUUGCCAGCUCCAAUGGACUGCCCGAGUGCGUUGCAUCAGCUGAUGCUUGACUGCUGGCAGAAAGACCGCAACAGUCGGCCUAAAUUCAGUCAAAUUGUCAGCACCCUUGAUAAGAUGAUUCGCAAUCCCAACAGCCUCAAAACCACAACGCCACUGUCGUCAUGUGUUCACUUACCUCUGCUCGACCGUAGCACCCCAGACUUCACUUCUUUCAGCACAGUGGAUGAGUGGCUGGAGGCCAUUAAGAUGGGCCAGUACAAGGAGAACUUUGCCAACGAAGACUUCAACAGCUUUGAUGUGGUUUCGCAAAUGACCAUGGAGGACAUCGUCAGGAUAGGAGUGAUGCUGGCUGGCCACCAGAAGAAGAUCCUGAACAGCAUCCAGUCCAUGAGGGCACAGAUGAACCAGAUUACCUCAGUGGAGGUGUAGGAGUGAUUUUUUACGGACCCGUCUACCCGGGCUUUGUUUACUGUAGGAGGCCAGCAGCCUCCAGCACUGGAUCCUCCUGAACUUCUGAGGAGAGCCGAAAACGUUCGUCCAAACUGCGACCUCACCGUACCUCCCUACAGACUCUACCCAGACGGUUCCAUCAGUCUGCAGCACAGAAACGUCGGACAUUUGUUGUGGCAGCUGCUGUGUGUUCAGGUAACAGUCGAUUCAGGGGCUUAGAGUUGUGGUUUAACCAACACAGCAACUUUUUAAAGGAAGCCGUGAGAUGAUACA